AUGUGAAACGUGUAGUCAAGAGGAAGCUAAGUACAGAUGUCCACGAUGCAUGAAAUACUCGUGCAGUCUAUUAUGUGUAAAGAAGCAUAAGCUUGCAUUGAGUUGUAAUGGAGUCAGGGAUAAAACAGCAUUUAUCUCUGUAAAUGAAUUUACUGACUUGAACCUUUUGAGUGAUUAUCGUUUCCUGGAAGAUGUAGGAAGGACAGCUGAUGCUGCUGCUCGACAUCCUAUAGUGCAUAGUCCAACAACAAAAAAACUUUUAUAUUCCUUGAGAAACAAAGCUCGAAGAUGUGAUAUUGACCUGAGGACGCUUCCUGUUGGAUUUACAAAAAGAAGAGAAAAUUCAACCACCUUCAACUGCAUGGAGAAAAAGUUCUACUGGCAUUUGAAGCUCAUAUUUCCUCACUGUCAUGCUGAAUAUACUUUAAAAGGGGUGCCCGAUGAUAAAACACUCACUGAUAUCCUUAAGCCGUACAUUGAUCCAGUGGAGUCAGAUCCUGUAGUUUGUCAAAGAUUAAAAAUCUAUACAGUGUCUCCUCAGUCAGAUGUACGGAUUUUAAUGAAAAUAGAAAACAGGAAACAAAACUCUGUCAGGUACCACGAACUGGAUGCCAGUAGAAGCCUCCUAGACAAUUUGAAAGGCAAAGUAAUAAUCGAGUAUCCAACAUUAUUUGUGGUCUUGAAAACACUGAAGAAUGACAUGGUGGUUCUUGGCAAAGGAUCAGCUCAGAAGGGCGAGCAUCUGGCAAGAGCGAGUCUCUGGUGUGACGCGUUUAACUGCCGCUUUCUAGCACUGAAGGAAGCAGAAACUUUUUACUGUGUUGCCUUCAUUGCUAGGGAAGAUUUGAUCGAUAACCCUGAUAUUACAGUCGUUACCACCAUCAAACCCUU